UGUCACGCGACACUGCCUCUCCCUCCCACCCUCCUCGGUCUACCUCUGGGCGGGACUGUCGGGUGAUGAGAUACUCUGGCGGUGGUGGAGGGGGCGACGGCUUCACCUACAGUAAUCACGUCCAAGACCGCUGUCAUGGCCGAGAAUCACGCUCAGAAUAAAGCCAAGCUCGUCUGUGAGAUCCGGCGGAGGUUCGAAGCUGACUAUGUGUCAGAUAAGUCAGAUAAAUAUGAUCCUCGCGAUGUUGAAAGGCUACAAGAAGAUGAUAACUGGGUUGAAAGUUACUUACAUUGGAGACAUAAUGUUGUGGAUGAAACAGUGAAGAUGAUUGAUGAGAGUUUUCAGUGGAGAAAAGAGUUUUCUGUCAAUGACCUUAGUGAAUCCUCCAUUCCCAGAUGGUUAUUAGAACUUGGUGGUAUUUACCUCCAUGGUUAUGACAAAGAAGGAAACAAAUUGUUCUGGAUCAGGGUGAAAUAUCAUGUAAAAGACCAGAAAACCAUAAUGGACAAAAAGAAGCUUAUAGCUUUUUGGUUGGAACGUUAUGCUAAGAGAGAAAAUGGGAAACCUGUCACGGUGAUGUUUGACCUGUCCGAAACUGGACUAAAUAGCAUAGACAUGGACUUUGUACGCUUUAUCAUCAACUGCUUUAGGGUUUAUUACCCUAAAUACCUCUCAAAAAUGGUGAUCUUUGAUAUGCCUUGGAUAAUGAAUGCUGCUUUCAGAGUUGUAAAAGGCUGGCUUGGCCCAGAAGCAGUGAGUUUAUUGAAGUUUGCAAGCAAAAAUGAAAUCCAGGACUAUGUCAAUGUAGAAUACCUGCCUCCACACAUGGGUGGAACUGACCCUUUCAAGUAUAGCUACCCACCCCUGGUUGAUGAUGACUUUCAGACGCCACUGUGUGAGAACGGGCCUGUUGCCAGUGAGGAUGAGACCUCAAGUAGAGAAGACAUAGAAAGUGAUGGUAAAGAAACCUUGGAGACAGUUUCUAAUGAGGAACAAACAGUUCUUCCAAAAAAGGUUAACUCAACUGAAUUGACUUCAAAAGCAGAAGAAAAUGAAAAAGUUGAUUCAAAAAAUAAAGCUUUCAAGAAACCAUUGAGUGUCUUUAAAGGACCCUUAUUACAUAUCAGCCCAGCAGAAGAAUUAUAUUUUGGAAGUACUGAAUCUGGAGAGAAGAAAACCUUAAUAGUGUUAACAAAUGUAACUAAAAAUGUAGUAGCGUUUAAGGUGAGAACAACUGCUCCAGAAAAAUACAGAGUUAAGCCAAGCAACAGCAGCUGUGACCCGGGUGCAUCAGUCGAUAUAGUUGUGUCUCCCCAUGGGGGUUUAACAGUCUCUGCCCAAGACCGGUUUCUGAUCAUGGCUGCAGAAAUGGAGCAGUCAUCCGGCACAGGGCCAGCAGAACUGACUCAGUUUUGGAAGGAAGUUCCCAGAAACAAAGUGAUGGAGCAUCGGUUAAGAUGCCAUACUGUUGAGAGCAGUAAACCCAAUACUCUGACAUUGAAAGACAAUGCCCUUAACAUGUCAGAUAAAACCAGUGAGGAUAUAUAUUUACAACUCAAUCGUUUACUAGAAAGCAAUAGCAAGCUUGAAGACCACCUUCAGCGUUGUAUCUGGUUCCAACAACUGCUACUUGCCUUAACAAUGCUCUUGCUUGCAUUAGUUGUCACCUUUUAUUCAUCGUACCAUUAAAGAAGUGGUGCCUGGACACAAACGUAACUCCUUCCUCAGCUGUUAGGAAAAAGUAACAAACCCAAAACGUCUCCACCAAGCUACUAAACACAGUGCAUAUCUGUGCUUCCUAAAAGCAAAUAUGUAGCACGUGAGGGGUGCAACAUAUGCCUGUCUUCAAAAAUAAACCGUUUAAAUAAAGAAAUGCUGGAGAAAUUCAUUAUUAGAGAUUAUAGCUAGUUAGGAAAGUAAGUAAAGGCAUAUGCAUUGUGUAAAUUAAUAGCUUAAAUAUAAUUUAUUUUUCCCUUUGAUUUAAGUACUUUUAAAGCUUAAGUUUUGGACUGGGGGUGUGGCUCAACGGUAGAGCACUUUCCUAGUGUGCACAAGUCCCUGCAUCUGGUCCCCAAAACCGCCCCCCAGAACUUAAGUUUUACUAUGUAAAUACAUUAGCUGAACUGAACAAUAAGUGACAUGCUUUGGUGCAGCCAAAAACUGUCAUCUGCUUUUUUAUGACAGAGUUAUUAUAGCUGAGCCGACUUACUAGCUUUUCUAUAUUAUGUAAAUACAAGAACAUGUAUAUUGAAAAAGAAAACAUACUUAGAGUAAUUUAUGUAAUCUUGACUUUGUAAUUUUGAAACUUAAUUCCAGAUGAUAGUCAAUAUUCUUUUGGAAUGUAAACUUUCCAUGCCAAACCACCUUAGCCUUUGUUUCUCAGAGUUCCUUAGCAGCCUGCCUCUUGUUAAUCCUGGGCUUUUCUGUGAACACUCAUUUUGGUAGCAUUUGGAAAAGUAAGUGUGGUUGGAUUUUCUUUGAACUCUGUGGAGUCUCUCCAGUCUCCCUUUCCGGCCAUCUCUGUGCAGCGUCACGUUGUGCGCUAUGGCUGGACACUGAACUUCUUCCUAAUCGAUUACAAAGGCCUUGUCGUUCCUCAUGCCUUCCAGGUGACAGCAGGUCACAGGAGUCUCUGUGGACUACAGAUUGCACCACCUUCACCCUCAUUUCUAAAUGAAAAGUGUUAGAUGACACUUUUUUUAAAAGAGCUAGUUUUUUGAGAUUCUAAGCAAUAUAAUUUACCAUUCAAAAUGGUCCUUGUUACAAUCAGCCAUAAGUAGGAAACUUGCAAAAGACUGAAUUAUCCCAUAAUGGUGAAAAGGAAAAUAAAAAAGUAUAGAAGCUCAAGGGUCAGGUCUUUGCUCAGAGAAUACAAAAUGUUACUCAUAGUGGGCUGUAAAACCUUCAUCCCAGGGCUAACUCACUGACUUCAUAGUCUAUCUUUGGUACAGUAAGACCCACCUGGUAUGGUUUCUAAAUUCCUGAAAAGAGAGUUAGCAGAAGCAGAGGCUAAUGAGAUCACGGUUUGUUUUCUUCGUCAUAUGGCCAGUUUCGAUCUGUUUUGGUUAACUUGUGUAUCGAUUUUAUAUGAAAGAAAAAAUAGUCUUCCUGUAAAAUAAAUUUUGAGUUUCCACUGAGCCAUGUUUGGAGAUUUAUUAUUAUUACAGAGUGUAGUGUUAUCCGCUUUCAUCUUGAAGAAGUUGGUUCCCCAAACUGAGUUAUGAAGAAUAUAAGAUAUGAGAGUUCCUUCAAAACUGGCCUAGGAAAUAAAACCUUAAAAGGACACUGGUGUGGUCCUUUGUCUUGACUUGGGCUUUUCUGUUUCAGUUUGCCACCUCCAGAUGUGAGAUGGACUGCAGUCCCCCCUAAGUCCUGUGCACAGUAUCUGCCUUUGUGUGUGCACAACGGCUUCCCCUUACAUGGUACACUUUUGGCCUUAAUCUAAUCCCAAUGUAUUCGUGUAUGGUUUUUGUUCCUCAGCAAAUAAAUGAGGAAAUAAUUAGCCACGAUUGGAACUGUAUUGUCCUAACGGUGUCCCUUUAAUGUUUCAUAUUAAGAUUGUAUUGACUCACUAAAGUACCCAUGUUUGAUCAGUUGAAUUUAGUAAUCUAUCUUGUUAACAUUUGUGUGUCUAUUAAAUGUGACUAAAAAUUACCAAAAAUGAACUAUAAAGUCAAAAGCACCUAAACUUUUGUACUUGUCAUGAUUAAUCAUGUAUAUUUACAUUUGAUUUUAUAUGUCAUCAUUUGGUUCUAAUUACAUUUGCAUGAUUAUUAUUUUUGAUAUUCUGUUUUUGGUAAUUUUCUUUUUCUCAUGCCAUUACGUGUUCAUGA